UUCCGUGCCAUAAUAUGCCAAGCCCAGCCCACUCAACUUGGAAAAGACUCCUGGGCUGAAACCUGCAGCAAAACCCUACAACCAUCUCUCUCUCUCUCUCUCUGUAACCCCCCUCCCUCUCUCUUCCAUGGCUCCUGCUGCUAAAUCUGCUGUCAAUGGAAAGAACUCAGCAGAGAAACCUAAACUACAUGAAGAGAAGAAGAAGAAGAAGAAGGAGAAGCCUGUGAACGAGAUCGAGGAAAUAUUCAGGGCAGCGAAGGAUGAUAAGAAGAAGAAGAGGAAGAAGGAGCAGCCAUCAGCGGAUCCUUCAAGCCUCGAGGAAAAGGAAAGCAAGAAGUCCACGAAGAAGAAAAAGAUCGACAGAGAGAACUCGACGAAGGAAUCAGAAAAAGGCGAGGGUUCUUCGAGGAAGCGGAGGAAGACUGCGGAUGGGCUGACUGUGUACUCGGCCGAGGAGUUGGGAGUCGGCAAUCCCGAAGCCGGAGGAACGCCUCUUUGCCCUUUUGACUGUUCUUGCUGCUUCUGAUGCUAUAUUCAACAAGAAGCAUUUACGGUUUACUAUGUAUUGCCAUUUUGAGUUUGUUGGUGGUCAAUCCAUGAUCGGAGUUCAGAUAGACCAAGAGCAACAGUCACCCCUGAAAUUCAAGAAGAAUUUCCCGAGGGCAUGACUUUUAGUUUUCAGGAUUACCGGAAUGCAUCAAAUUGAAAAAAAAAAACAAAAGAAAACUUCGAAGUAAAAAUUUGAGUUGUAGUGUUGUGUGGUUAUCUAGACUACAGGGUUUUAGUUCAAUUAUUAUGUAAAUCGUGAUAUUUAAGUAGUAUAAUCGCCUUGUUAAAAAAGUAUAUUGUUUAUUUUGCUGAGUAACGGCAGUGGAGGCAAGCAAGUCAUUUCUGUGUGCCUAUUUUACUUUGUGUGGUAA